AUGUUCAGUCUUACGAUUUUAACAUUGGUUUUGACUACGAGUCUCAUAUCAUUUACAGAACAAUCAAAGGACGCGAGUCGAUGUUUUCAAUUCACUUGGAUGGGCCAUAAAUUUAACAACGGAAGUGUAUACAUCAACGCAACUUGCUAUGAUGCGACCAAACGCAACCCAGGAGUACCCUGCGUAAAGCCUCUUGUUGUUUCUUUUGACGGUUCAUGGCCUGAUGUAAACCAUAUAUGGCAAAAUUAUCCUCAGGCGUCUUGUCUCUUGGCUGAUGGUGACGUCUGUGCAAGAUACACGUAUUAUUUCGAGGGUCACGCUGACAACUCAACCUACUUCUGCACGAGAGCUGUCGAUAAUCGUGGCAUCGCUAUCAAAAGUGGCAUUGACGCGCUCACAAUAAGUACAUACCUUUGA